ACCAGCCAGCCCUGGUAGCUUGAGGCGUUUACAGGCAUUAUAUAAGUGUCGAAGCGUCUCCUCUCUUACUUGCUGAUCCACCUACUCUCCUUACCACUCUAUACAUCUUCUCUCUCGUGCCAGUGAGAACCCAAACGCUGCAGCAAUGCCUCCACCGGGUGUGUGUCUGAACAUCAUGGAGGCUCGUCACAAGCAAGAUGGUAUUGGGAGUGUUGCCAAGCCUGAGAGUUUCCUCAACCAAGACCCAGAACAGCUGAAACAGUACUGUCUCAUCCAAGGAGUAAGGUACAUCGAUAAGAUGUUCCCACCUGACAGAAUCUCCAUUGGCGAAGGCUUGCUGAGCCCUCACGACCUGAGCCGCGUGGAGUGGCUGAGGCCGCCGAAAAUUGCUCCCAAUCCAUCCUUUGUACUUGAUGGGGUCUCCAGGUUCGACUUUGGUCAAGGAGUACUUGGAAACUGCUGGUUUCUCGCAUCUAUCGGAGCACUGACAUUCCAGAAUCAUAUCCUCGAGCAAGUUGUCCCUCUUGAGCAAACAUUUGAUGACAAUUACUGCGGGCUGUUUCACUUCAGGUUCUGGAGGUUUGGAAGGUGGGUGGAUGUCGUCGUUGAUGACAAGUUGCCAACAAUCAAUGGCAGACUAAUCUUCGUCCACUCCAAAGACCCAAAUGAGUUCUGGCCUGCUUUGCUGGAGAAAGCCUAUGCCAAGGUGUGUGGUUCCUACGCCGACAUGAAUGCUGGAACUCCUGCAGAGGCUAUGGUGGACUUCACUGGUGGUGUCCACAUGUGCAUCGAGCUGUCAGAUCCUCCUCCAAACCUGUGGGAGCUGCUGUGCAGAGCUGGCCAAUCUAGCACACUGAUGGGCUGUGGUACACCUCAGGGAGAGACAUCUGCCAACACCGUACUGCCAAAUGGAUUGGUUCAAGGCCAUGCUUACACUAUCACGGGUGUGAGACAGCUGAUGAGCCGCGGAAAACUUGAAAAACUGGUGCGUUUGUGGAACCCCUGGGGCAAAGGAGAGUGGAACGGAGACUGGAGCGAUAAGUCACCUCUGUGGCAGACUGUGAGUGCUCAAGAGCGUGAGUUGUGCCUGUCAGUGGGUGAUGAUGGAGAGUUUUGGAUGACUUUGGAAGACUUCUGUAAGUACUACGUGGAUCUUGACAUCUGCUCCGCAAGUCCAGACUUCCUUGAUGGAAACUCCUCUUGUCACUGGAAGACCUCCAUGUAUGAGGGCAGAUGGGUUGCAGGAACCACUGCUGGAGGGUGCAUGAAUAACAGAGCCAGUUUCUGGACUAAUCCACAGUAUCGGAUCCAGGUUGACGGUCAGUAUUCGGAGAAAGAGAGCGGAAAAAACACGUUGGUGUCUCUCAUGCAAAAGCCUGACAAGAGGAACCGACGCCUGGUGCAGAAUCUCCACAUUGGAUUCUCUGUAUUUGAAGUGACAGAUCAGUACAAGACACAGAAGGGGAAGUUCGCAGCCUCAUUCUUCAGCACCCACACGCCUGUUGCUCAAACUAAAACCUACAUGAAUGCACGUGACGUGAUGGUGUUCCUGACGUUGAAGCCUGGUGAAUACCUGAUUGUGCCGUCCACCUUCAAUCCCAAUGAGACAGCGUCCUUCAUCCUGACCAUCCAGUCCAAAGCAGAGGCCCAUGGCUACGAGAAUUCUGGUUACCGUCAGCAUGAGCCAGUUCAAAAGCUCCAGCAGGUCAAAAAUGCAAACGAAGACGAAAACAGAAAAAUACUUUUCCGGCAGUACUCGGACAAGUAUGAAGAGGUAGAUGCUGAACAGCUCCAGAGGCUUCUAAAUGAAAACAUUCUGAAAGGAGAUUUGAAAUAUGGAGGUUUCAGCAUUGAUGCCUGCCGCAGCAUGGUUGCUCUGAUGGAUACAUCAAUCACCGGCAAACUCAACAGUGAGGAAUUUGUCCGCCUAUGGAAGAAGGUCACCACAUACAAGGACAUUUUCUUCCUCACUGACGUUUCACGAACAGGAACACUGUCGCUGAGUGAACUGAGGAAUGCAUUCGUAGCUUCAGGAAUGAGGGUCAGCGAUGACAUGUUGAAUUUGAUGGCUCUGCGCUACGGUGCCUCAUCUGGACACAUGACACUGGAGAGUUUCAUCAGUCUCAUCCUUCGUUUGGACUGCAUGUACAAAAUCUUCAAGCAACUGUCUGAUGGAAAAGCCAUGAGUCUCCGAGAGUCAGAGUGGAUGUAUGUUUCAAUGUACACUUAACCCAACAGGGGAAGAAGGUCUGUAUUAUUCAACUGGGAUUCCAGAGGCAGAUAUUUCAAAUAAAUGUCUUCUUCUCAUGUGCCAAACUGUGCCAAAAUGAGCCAUUAUACACUAUGAACUGUAACUAAAGGGCAUUUUCUUUUUUAAAAUUUUAUACUGCAACGUUAAUGUGAAUCCUUAGAGCAUAGAAUUAACUGUGUAAGCUUGAUGUUAGACUGGAGAUGGAGAUUACAUGUCUACCUGUUAGACUGAAUUACUGCAUUUUUUUUUUUUGUAUUAUCAGUGGAUUCAUGUUAAACACAUUUGACAAGCUCAUUUUUCUACAAAAACCAUGCACACUAGAUUCUUUUAAAAUAAAAACAAUGGUGAUAAUGAAAAACAAAUUGUGUGAAAAUUGUCACCUAUUGUAUGUCAUCCUUCUCUUUCUCACCAUGUUUCCUGCAAAUUUAAACCAUUUACUUAACAUGAAUAUAAAUAUCAAUAUUAACAUUAAUAUCAACAUCAAUAUGAAUAUCAAUUAAUAAUUAAUUCAUAUUAAUAAUACAUUACUAAUAUCCAGCCGGAGCAAUGCCACACAAAACCCUUAAACAAAACAAAGAUCUCUCUUUUCUCUUUGGUGUAGUGCACCUAAAGUCUAUAUGUAAACCCUGAGAUUAUCCAAGGCUGUGAUAGGUAAAGUAAUUAAACUUGAUAAUUUGGAAUGAAUGUCUUGCUCCAUCAGAUUGUUUAACCAGGUAGUUUUUCAAGGUACAACUCAACUACAUGGAAAGAUUUCCUUUAUCUGUUAACUUCAGAAGUGGAAGGUUCCUCUUUCAAACCAUUAGAUGUUACAGAUAUAAAGAUCGAAUCUUAAUUCAAACACAGCAAAUAAUGAUGCACCAUUU